UUCACAUGAGUGCCAAAGGUUCACUAUAAAUACCAUCUGCUUACAUUGAGAGUCAUCACUUUCAUUAAACAUCAGACUGUGCUCUUUCAUCUACGUAUGUAACAAGAAAGUGACAUCCUUUACAUCAUGGUGAGGCUUGUGCUACCAAACCCUGACCUGGAAAGCAGGAUACAAACAUAUGAGGAGCUUGAAAUACUAGAAGAAAAAGAGGCAGGUGAAAGACCACAAUGGGAUAACAAAGCACAGUAUAUGCUUACCUGUAUAGGUUUUUGUGUAGGACUUGGAAAUGUAUGGAGAUUUCCUUACCUGUGUCAAAGCCAUGGAGGAGGAGCGUUCAUGAUCCCCUUCCUUAUACUGCUGGUAUUUGAAGGCAUUCCACUUCUACAUGUAGAAUUUGCAAUUGGACAACGUCUAAGAAAAGGCAGCGUGGGAGUAUGGAGCUCCAUUCACCCAACACUAAAAGGCGUUGGAAUUGCAUCAAUGCUGGUGUCUUUUUUGGUGGGUUUAUAUUACAAUACCAUUAUAGCCUGGGUUAUGUGGUACUUUUUCAACUCAUUUCAAGAACCUUUGCCAUGGAGUGAAUGUCCACUAAAUCUAAACCAAACAGGUAUUAACACUGAGUGUGCACGGAGUUCACCUGUGGAUUAUUACUGGUACAGAGAAACACUGAAUAUUUCUACAUCAAUUGAAGAUUCAGGCACUCUACAAUGGUGGCUUGUGAUAAGUUUGGCUUGUGCUUGGGGUGUUCUGUACGUGUGUACCAUCAGAGGCAUUGAGACAACUGGAAAGGCAGUUUAUGUGACUUCAACGCUUCCAUAUUUGGUUCUCACUAUUUUCCUGAUAAGAGCUCUGACCCUUAAAGGUUCUGUGAGUGGAAUCAAAUAUCUGUUUACUCCAGACAUUGCUGAACUGGCAAAUCCGGUUACUUGGUUGGAUGCUGGUGCACAAGUCUUCUACUCUUUUUCUCUUGCAUUUGGUGGCCUUAUUUCCUUUUCAAGUUACAAUUCUAUACACAACAACUGUGAACGGGAUGCCGUUAUUAUCUCUAUCAUUAAUGGUUGCACAUCUGUAUAUUCUGCCACAGUUAUUUACGCAAUCAUUGGAUUCCGUGCUACAGCUAGAUUCGAUGACUGCUUUGCCAGCAACAUCCUGCAACUAUCAAAUUCCUUUGAUGCACCAGAAGGGGUUAUAAGCGUAGAUAACUAUAAUGAAACACUCUACUAUUACAAUCAAACACAUCCAGACGUGAUUGCAUCUCUUAAUCUUCCAACAUGUGAUUUAGACAAAAUUUUGUCUGAGGGUGUGGAAGGAACAGGACUGGCAUUUAUUGUGUUCACUGAAGCUAUAACAAAGAUGCCAGUGUCUCCCCUUUGGUCUGUUCUGUUUUUCAUCAUGCUGUUUUGCUUAGGCCUGUCUUCAAUGUUUGGAAAUAUGGAAGGCGUGUUGGUACCAUUAAUGGAUCUUAAGAUAGUACCAAAAUCAUGGCCAAAAGAAGCUGUGACAGGUACAAUAUGUAUCGUCUCAUUUUUGAUUGCUCUCAUAUUUGUCCUGAAUUCUGGAAAUUAUUGGCUGGCAUUGUUUGAUGGAUAUGCUGGAUCAAUUCCUUUGCUGAUAAUUGCAUUUUGUGAAAUGGUUUCUGUCGUUUACAUAUAUGGAAUAGACAGGUUUAACGAAGACAUUAAAUUUAUGAUUGGUCAUAAACCAAACAUUUUUUGGCAAAUUACAUGGAGAGUUGUCAGUCCACUUAUUAUGUUAGCUAUUUUUAUUUUCUACUUUGUGAUCAAAGUUUCAGAAAAGCUGGUCUACAUUGUUUGGGAUCCAGACUAUAGUGAAUUUCCUAAGUCAAAAGAAGUACUUCAUCCAGACUGGGUUUAUGCCAUUGUUGUUAUUCUUGCUGGAGUUCCAAGUGCAGUAAUACCUGGUUAUGCAAUUUACAAGGUUAUUCGAAACUGUUUUACAAAGGAUGAUGACCAAAGAGAAAUUAUAAAUGCUACAUCUCUUGCAUCUAUCAAUGGUGAUACUAAAAAACUAUAAAGUUUACAUGCAAAAUACUUUGUAAAAGACAUUCCGUUUUGAAUCAUACUUGUAUGUUUCUGUAAUUGAAAAAUGUGAAGGAAAGUGAAGAACUGAUAUCAACAAAACAUCUCAAAGAAGAGUUUCAGUGAACAUUGUAGAUAACAGAAUGACGAUUCUGUGUUCAUGUGCUGGAUAAACACCAUCAUGUUUCUUUUACAAAUAUUAAAAACACUGUUUUGUAUUCAGGAUUAUUCUGAUUGCUCUGAUAUUCUACAUUUUAAGACUCUAACUAAUUGUAAAGUGUACUACUCGAAGUAGAAUACAUAGAAAUGUACAUUGUUUGAUUAUUAUAUAAAUAUAAAUAAACCAAACUCUUUUAGUGCAGUACCAAGAAAAAUAUGCAGGAUGCCAUUGCUGACCUUUCUCCUGAAAAAGAUAGUUGCCUGGGGGCUACACUGAUCCACUUAGUUCAAAUAUUUGAUUCAAUGACCCUGAUAAAGUAUACAGGGCAAGAGUUUUGACAUCCCUGGAUACAUGUUUAUUCUGGGCAAGUCACUAAAAUGCUACAAGUACAGUAAAUGACUCAUGAGUCAUACUUAUGACAGUUUUUUUUUUAAGAGAGCUGUAAUGAAGAAUUUCCAAUGCUGGUUUGCUUAACUUUGCAUACUGAGGUUCGCCAAAAAGGGAGGCUUCAUUAAUGGAAGGGUUCAAUUGGAUUUCCAGUAUUUUGCCUUUUAUCUCAUUAGGCAUAUCAUGGAAGAUUGUGAUUUUUUUUAUAAACAACUCAGGGUGCAUGCCAGGUUAAAUAUGUGUGCUUAGACUAGUCUGGUUUUAUUUCAUGGACAUUACCUUGCCAGGGUUUAGACUUUUUAUUACUUCUAUGUGGCACCUAUUUAGUUGCAAACAACCACCUCUUACAACCACCUUCCCUUCCCAGAACUUGAUAGUCUCUGUGUUCUCUCUCAUUGACCACGGCCAAAACCAAAAGGUGUGGUUCCAAUUUUGAAAAAGAAUAAUCAAGCCAGACUUCAUGUCUGAGCAUGAAUUACUGAAACAAUUGUGUUGUUGUGGUUUAGGUUUCUGAAAAAAUGUGCAGCCUUCCAUGGUUCAGAUUAUUAGAACUGAAAGUCUCAUUACAGUCAAUAGGAAUCUUAACCAGACUCCACACAACUAUAUUAAAGUGUAUGUAAAACCUAACAAUUACCUUCUCUUAUUUGCUCCCUUUUGUCCUGUUAUACCAUUGAAUGUGUUUUGUUUUAUCUGUUCAAUUAGUGCAAUAAAAACAUUGUUGAUCCCAUCAG